GUACCAGCUGUAAAUGAGUUUAAAAAAAAAAAAAAAAAAGAAUAGAAUAAAAAUAGACUCAAAUUUGGAAUGACUAAUGCAUAUUUUAGUGUUUUUUUUUAUUUUCUGUUAUCUUAGAUUUAUUGACUGUUGUAUUGUAUUUGUUGAUUUAUUCAUUUGUUUAGCAUUUGUGCUAGAACAAGUCCUCCAUAGUAACAUGGAACGACUUAUUUCACUGAGGUGGUUUCACUGGCAGACAUCCCAACUUUCCAGGAAGUUUGGGGCAUCUCCUACAUUUUAAAGAUGUAGUUAAUUAUUUGGGAGUAAAACUAUCUUUAAAUUCAAAUAUGGUUCUUACAUAAAUUAAUUUAAAUCCUAUUAAAGAUGUAAUUAAAAAGAAGUUCAAUUCUUGGUUGGUGAGAGAUUUGGUUGAGUUUUACUGUCAAAGGUAGAGGGUCUAUUAAGAGUUUCUUAUCUCUUCUCUGUAAUGCAUUGUCCUAAGUCAUAUAUUCCUUAUUAGAUAAAUGAUUAUAUAAUUUCAUAUGGAAAAAUAAAUCACAUGAUUAAAAAGGAGGUUCUCAGAAAUAAGAUUAGUGAUGGAGGUCUUGGAGUUGUUGACUUUACCCUCUUUAACCAUGUGUUAAAAGUAAAGUGGUUAAAAAGAUUGGUUAAAAAAAAAACCUCCAUAUGGAACACAUUUCCUAAUUUUGUUUUUAAGAAAAUGGGAGCUAUUGAAUCUUUUGUUAUAGUGCCCCUUCUCACUUGGUAAACUAUCCAUUAAAUUAGCAAAACCUAACCAACAGGUUUUAUUAUCGUGGUUACUGGUUUACAAACCUAACUUUUCACCUCACUGUUGUUUUAUCUGGAACAAUCAGAUUAUUAUUUACAGAAAUAAAUCAUUACUUUUUUGAGAGACAGUAUUUAAAUAACAUCUAUAUUGUUAAUCAGCUGAUGGAUGACAAUCGUUAAUUUUAUUCCUUUUCAGAAUUUUCCAGAAAAUUUGAUUUUGGGGCUCAUUAAAUGAAUAUAAUGUUGUAUUCAACGCCUUCCUAGUGGUAUAAAAACUCUCUUGAAAGGAGAACAAACUUAUAGUCCUAUUUUUUUGUAUAACACUUCUAUAUCAAUUGAUGGGAUUUUGAUUACUGAUCACAAAUUCAAUAACCACGUUGUUCACAAUCAUAUUAACAGAAAAUCUAUUCCAGCUUCAUCUUUAAAAUGGAUGGCGUUAUACAAUGUUAAUUGGAGUCUGGUCUGGUCUCUUCCACACAAAUAUCUAUUAACAAACAAGAUAAACGAAGGCACAUUUAAAUUAUUACAUAGGUCCUACCCUUGUAAUAGUGUACUCAAUAAGUAUAUCCAAAACAAGGAAAAUAAAAGCACUGCACUGAAUUUGCAUAGGUCUGUAAUAGAGGCUCUCCAACAUGGCCGAUCAGGAGGAAUCACGACAGGAGAGCGGUUCUAACCAUCUAACUGCAUCAUUGUAACAACAUCUACAAGAAAAUCAGUUACUAAUCCAUCAGAUCACUGAUCUAUAAUAACAGUGCACUUAUGACUCAUAAUGAUGCUGGUUUUCUGUUAAUGGUGUUACAUUGAUGCUGAUGUACAUGAGUUUGGUAUAGUACCACUUUGUUCCCACCCUGACUGUAAAACACAACGUGAUUGGUUAGAGCGAGACCGUGCUAUGAUUGGUCAGUGCACUAUGGAUGUUAACCGAUAAUAUGACUAAAAUAGGAAUACUCCACAUGUCUUAAUUCAAUUUGUUUUUUUUCGAGUAUGACUUUAGUCGGAUUAAGGUAAGCAGAAAUAGCUGUUUACAUGGUAGUUUCUUAAUCAGAGUAUUGUCUUAAUCUGGUUAAUAUCUGGUAUGGUAAUAAUUACCAUAUGGUAAUAAUUUUUAUCCAUGUAAACAUACUGAGUAUAGCUCACUGUAAUAUAUUCAGCAGUGAUUUCUCAGUUGCCCAUGGUGGGGUAAAUGAGUGUAAAAGACAUGUUGAGGUGUUUAAUAGGUGUAAUUCGUCCAUCAGUAGCCUAUAGCUAACGUUAUUUUAACUAGCUGCUAUAAGGAGCUACUGUAUUGAUGUCUAGGUGAUAAGGACAAACUCCCUGUAGACAUGUGUAAAGUAGUUAUUGAAUAUAAAAAUGACUCCAUGUGUGGAAUAAUACAGUAAUAUAAUAUAAUAUGAAACUGUGUAAGUACAUAUUUUAAUGUCACAUUUUCUGCAUACACCAGAAAAGCUAUUUGCAUUAGAGUUUUAAAUAGUUGAGAUGUGUCUUUAAAUAAAUAGUGUUCUGUCAUAAUGAAAUGUCAUGUCCUUGUUCAUACAUGUUUGGUGCCUGUGUGUGGGUGGGUGGCGCGCAGUGGCCGAUAAAGCUACCUCCUUGAAAUGAGUUUUUGCAGGUUGUGAUGUCUGGUAUUUGAACUGAAAACAGUGAGUUGUGUCAGUCACUCUGAAGUAAACACUACAUUCAUUAUGAAACAUUUGACUCUAGAUGUGCAUCUCAUUUCUUUAAUUGCGACUCCAAGCUGAAUCUUUACUUGCUUGACCGCCAGGAAUAAUUUGAAGCCAUUUUCUGGAAUGGGCGUGGCUAGGGGUAUGUUCAUAUGGAGCUGCGUGAGAAAUGUUAUAACAAACAGACGCUGUAGAUUGAAACAGACUGAGGUUACGUAUAAUAGUUAUAUAUCAAAUACAUAUUGCAUGCAAUUGCCAUCAUCCUUUCAUUUAGUAAUUAAAAAACAAAAAGAGCAAGAAACCUGAAUGCAGACAUCAAGGUCUCUGAAAAGCAAAUACUUAUGGUGUAGGAGGUCACCUAGACCCUACUUAAUUCUUUUGGCCAGUCACCAUAUUACUUGUUUGUGCUGGAAAUGUUGGCGUGCUCUUUUUUGUUUCUUUGCUUUUUAAAUGAUUUGUAUUCUGCAUGUCUGACUGUAUUUCUGAUGCUUUAUUAUUUUUACUUUUUUUUCAAAGAAAGUAACCCUUUUUCCCACAUCUACUCCAGAAAAAAAAUAAAGUUCAGAAAAAUGCAAGGCUUUUGGAUCCUGCUCUUAGCUGUUUAUGCUAAGUACUGCAGUGCUGGUAACACUAACCUACCUAAGACCUAUCAUGAGGGGCUGAUGUUCGGAGAUCAGCUUAGUAUCUGGCUGCCGGUUGAGGCUCAGAGUUUGGAGUUUAUCUCUGCGACUACAUCACAGAAGGAUGUUCUUUGGUCCAGAUCUUCCAUAACUAAAAGGGGAAAAAUAACGGGAAGAGAUUCUACCAGAAAAUUUGUAAUUCUUUCUGUCACAUUUGAUGAUCAGGGAACCUACACUUUGUUUAACUUCUGGAGCAAAAAGAUUUCCAUCCAUUUAUUGAAGGUUAUCACUAAAAGGAUUUCCCAGGAUUGUGUGGCUGGUGAAACGAUUCGAAUUCCACUGGGUCAGCUUGUGAAGAAUGAUGCCACACUACAUUUUUCAAACGAAGAUUUUAAUCUCACUCUGGUGGAUCACGGCUCACCUGUAGGCAAUUUACAUCCUGACUACAUGGGGCGGAUCCAGGUGACUAGCAACAGCAUCGAGGUGCUCAAUGUCAAUGUGUCUGAUGUGGGCAACUACACACUCAGAGAUCGUCUAAAUCGCAAAGUCAAGAUCAUCUCUAUGCACUUGGUUGAUCAUCAUGCGGGAGUGAAUGUAGGUCCCUUCAUGGGUCUGCUGAUGUUGCUUGGUAUUCCACCCUGUAUUUUCUGUUGCUGCAGAAAGAAGGUCUGUAGAAAGAGCAGCCAACCCACUACCACUGCCGUAAACACCACCACAGUGACGUACGACAACCAAAUUCAUCCACCUGGACCUCCACCAACCUACACCAACCCCGCAGCUCCUGCAGGCCCUACACCGGGCUAUACACCUGGUUACCCUGUGGGUACUUCUCCUCCUCCUAAUCCCACAUUUCCUCCUCAACCACCCUAUGGUGGAUAUCCUGCUACAUCGCCAGCUAUGCCCCCUAACCCUGCCUUUAACCCUGGAUACCCUCCUGCAUCUAGCUUUCCUCCAGCUCAGCCUCCUCAGUGGAGUGGUGCUCCCUACAACCAACCUACUCCGGCUGGUUUUGCUCCAGUGAUGUAUAAUGCUCCUGCUGGCCCUGAUCCAGUCAAAGGGGAAAUAACUGCUAUGACUCCACUACUCACACCUCCACAGCCUGAGGUGGUACAGCCUUCAGCCCCAUAUACUGGCCCUAAUGACCAUAACUCUUUGGACUCUGCUGUCCAAUUCAACAUAAACAUGGGAAAGGACUCGAGCUCUAACUUCCUGUAGAUUCUGUAAAUGUAUCCAUCAAUGGAUAAAAAAAUUAGUCAUUCUUUAAUUAGUAAAAAAAAAUUGUAGGCAAUUAAUUUACUGUGGUAUAAGGGAAAUUAAAAUUGUUGGUUAUUUUCCUAUAACAGUAUGCCCCAUUUGUGUUUUAUUCCUGUACAAGCCCGUUCUAGUCAUGUUGAUAUUAUGCAUGUUUAGGCACCAUGUUGGUGCGUAAUGUUGCUAGGAGUUUAUUAAUGUAGAAGGUCUUUUAUCACUAUUGAUAUUUACAAAAAUAUGUACUAAAGCUCUAACAAUGUACUUACCCAAGUCUAAUCUGUCUGUAAAAUUGCAGAUGCAAGACAAUUUUAUACAAAACUGCCUGUUUGAACUGCUAUUUCAGUUCUGUGGAAUGCCAUUUUUGUUGUUGUUUUAUGCCUGUAUCUUUUUGUGCACACUGUAAAAACAUGCACAUAUAUUAGCCAAAGAAAUAAAAACAUGAAACAUA